UGCGCGCACGACAAUCGUUCAGGCAACGCGACUCUGCCAACUUUUGUUUCAAUGCGAUCCCGGAAUUCAUACAUGUUACCGAUUUGGAGGUUUCACCUUUUCCUGCGAGCGAAAAAAGUUACAAACCGCCAAUGAAAGUGCAAAAACAAAAGAAAAAUCAAAAAGCAAAAAUUAAAACAAAACUCUACACAAGUAGAAGAAAGUCAAUAAGUAGCAAAAAACGUGAAAAGUGAAAAGUAAUAAUAGCAGUCAACUCGUCCAGUACUCAUACAAACAUACGUACAUACAAAUGGUCAUAUAACCUGCUGUGAGAUCGAAGAUUGAAGUACCAUUUAGUGUUGACACUUAACCCCAACGCUAAACUUUUAUUUUGUUUUUAUUUCACAUGCGAAGUGAAGCCACUUUUGACUUUUAUAGCGAUUGUGAUAGAAAUAAAAUAUUUGUGAAACUUAUUGCUGAUACUUCCUUGCGCCCCAUAGCCGACACACUAAGCAGCGCGGCGGUAGCUGCAACAAAAGCUGCUGUUAGCCAAGCAAAGUGUGUUGGCUGCCACUUAUACGGGUAGAAUUCGUUACGCGCUGCAUAUUAAAAAAGAUCCAGUAUGUCAUUCUGCGUCAUCUUGACCACUCGCUUUAAUCACACACUGAGCGCGUUUAACUAGCAACGGACAUCAACGUCAUCAAUCGCAGCAUCUUCAAAACGCGCGCACGUUAUGGCAGUCACCAUCGUUGGUUGCAACAUCGUUGAAUCGUUGUCGGUGUUGCUGCUAAGUGCAUUGUGUUGCUGGCAGUUAGAGUUGCAGCUGCGAGGAUCCACGUUUAUGGUUGCGGCGUUUAUUAACGUGCGUCAAACGCGCGAUAUCAUCAUUACAGAUGCGGUUAAACGCAUACGUCGCGACGGCUAUCCGGUGGAGAAGCAUCAUGUGUUAACAAAAGAUGGCUAUGCGCUCACACUACACCGCAUCCCGCAAUACAACACGUCCACAACGAUGUCGUCGGCAAGUGGAACAUAUACGCGUCGACCAGUCGUUUUCCUGUUAGCCGGAAUUUACGCCUCCUCGGACGCUUGGCUACUCAAUGGUCGCGAAAACUCAUUACCAUAUCUGUUGUGGCGUCAAGGCUACGACAUUUGGCUGGGCAACAAUCGCGGCAAUAUUUACACGCGGCGCAACGUGUGGUACAACGCGACUGAACGCGAAUUCUGGAACUUUAGCUGGCAUGAGAUGAGCAUUUUUGAUAUGCCUGCUAUGGUGGACUAUAUUCUGCAGUGUACGGGUGAGGCGAAGAUGCAUUUUGUGGGCAUCUCACAGGGUGGCACCGUCUUUCUGGUAUUGAACUCAAUGUUGCCGCAAUACAAUGCUGUCUUCAAGACGUCACAUCUGCUGGCACCGGUGGCGUAUGUGAGCAAUACUAAAGGCGGGCUGGCCAAGAUUUUCGGCCCCAUAUUGGGCACACGAAACUAUGUGGCCAAAGUGUUGGAGGGCAUGGAAAUGGUGUCUACCAACAAGUUUGUGAAAAAGUUCCUCUCAUCGCUUUGUUUCGAAAACGAGCGACCCAUGGUGUGUGUCAGCCGCCUUUGGCCAGCGGUAGGCUAUGACACGAAACAUCUCAACAAGACUUUGCUGCCCGACAUAAUGGCCAAUUUUCCGGUGGGUGGCUCCUUUAAGCAAAUUAUGCACUACUUUCAGGGCUACAUCUCGUCGAAAUUUCGGCAAUACGACUACGGACCAGAGAAGAAUUGGCUGAUGUACAAUCAACUGGAACCGCCCGACUACAAGCUGGAGCUAAUUACGGCGCCGGUAACAAUUUUCUAUGCUGAGAACGACUACAUCGUUUCGGUGGAGGAUAUUUGGCGGCUGCUGAUGCGCUUGCGCAACCUUCAGGCCGUCUACAAGAUUCCACGAAAACGUUGGAAUCACUUCGAUUUCAUUUGUGGCUUGGGCGUGCGUGACUUUAUAUUUGAUAAAAUCAUCAGAGCUGCAAACUAUUACGAAUAUACCUACAGUUGACGACGAUGAUUCGAUUGUAUUCGAGUGUAUUAGAUUUAAACACUUUAAUUGUGAUGUAUAGCAAAAAAAGCCGGUUUAAAAGGCAGCGACGAAAUACUUUCUUGAUUAGCAAAACUCAAUAUUUUAUUAUAGAAGUUUAUGUUUGAUUAAUGUUGCCAUAGCUAAUUGUCGAAUAUUUUGUAAAAUGUCUAUUCUAGGUGGGGUAGGUAGGGUACAACCUUUUUAAUAAGAAAGUUUUGAAAAAAUUUAGGAAUAAAUCGUCCCCUUAGUAUUACAAUAGCCUAUGUGCUCAUAGGCUAUUAUUUUUUUAUUGAAUUUUUGGAUUCUCCAUCGUCGAUUUUAUAUGUGGUCAAAAUUUUGUCAAAUUCUAGUAAAAAAAUAAUAAAUAUUUACAGAUAUAACGAGAUUUGAGUGAGAGCUACUUUCGACAAAAAGUUUGAAAUUCAUUUUCUCAAAACAUCAUAAAAUUUAUAGGCUAUUUUAAUACUAAGGGGACGAAAUGUCUAGAUUAGUUUGAAGUGAAGUGUUUAUAAGGUAAUGCGAACGUGAGAUUUUACCCAUAUCCAAGUUUUUUAUAUCAUCAUUUACUACUUAGAGUUAUUACCCAGCCGACAACGAUUGAGCGCGGUAUUUGAAAAAACUUCAUUUUUUGAAGUAGUCUCAAAAUCGUAAAGGGUAUUUUAAACGACGUGCCUAGAUGUCGUUUUAAAAUAAAACUUGUAAAACUUUAAAUUUUUUCAGGCUUCACUAUUUUUAAUCAAAAUACGGCUAUUAACAACUACAGUGAAACCUCCCUCCCCGGACUCAACCUUUGCCCUUGACGUACUCAACCGUUCAAUCACCACUCAACCUUUGCUCAGCCAAAAGAGAUGUCCGCUCAAGGAGAGGGUAUCUUAUUUUAGAACUUUUUAAUUUUUUAAUUAAUUGAAUACUAUACCUUGUUUAAUAAAAAAUAUUGAUAUUAGAUCGUUCAAGCGGAAUUGUGUACAUAUUUUUUCAAAGUGCAUAUUUGAUUAAAGUGUAUAAAUCCAUAUAAAUAAAAACGAAAAUAAAAAAUUAAUAUUAAAU